ACCGUAGCUAGCGCUCUCAAUUUCACGUUUUGGAGGCAAAUUACGAACAGACCUGGCAGAAACGUUCGUAAUAUAAACAUCAUAAUUCAGUUUCAUUAAUGAAUUUACGGCGGAACUGACAUGAGUAAGAAGGACAAGGGACAACCUCCAGCUAACAACAAUGCAAGUGAGGGCGAUUCCAUUCAGGUAUUUGUUCGGGUGAGGCCAUCAGAGAGCCAUGAUGCUGACAUGGACUUUGGGCAGUGUCUGGAGGUGCGGAUGCCAGACACCAUCAUCAUGCACUCCAAGCCGGAACCCAAGGUCUUCACCUAUGAUCAUGUGACUGAUGCAAAUACCACACAGGAAUCAGUCUUCAUUGCUGUGGGAAAGAGGAUUAUUGAAAGUUGUGUUGGAGGCUACAAUGGAACCAUCUUUGCAUAUGGGCAGACUGGCUCUGGCAAGACUUUCACUAUGCUUGGUCCAUGUGAGGAUGGAGAUAACUUUCAUCAUGAAUUACGAGGAGUGAUCCCAAGAAGUUUUGAGUACCUCUUCAGUCUGGUGAACAGAGAAAGGGAAAAGCAUGGCGACCGUUACGAGUUCCUCUGUCGUUGCUCCUUUCUGGAGAUUUACAACGAGCAGAUAUAUGACCUCUUGGAUCCUGCCUCCAUGGGGCUCCACCUCAGGGAGAACAUGAAGAAAGGAGUCUUUGUGGAUGGACUGAUCGAGAGGGCAGUUGGCAGCCCUAGUGAGGCCUAUGGUGUUCUGACAGCUGGGUGGCAUAAUAGGAGAGUAGCAGCGACCUCUAUGAACAGAGAGAGCUCCAGGAGCCAUGCAGUAUUCACUGUCUCCAUAGAAUCAAAGGAGAAGAAAGCAGGAGUGUCCAACAUCAGGGUCUCCCAGCUCCAUCUGGUCGACCUUGCCGGGAGUGAGAGACAGAAAGACACUAAGGCUAUAGGAGUCCGGUUAAAAGAAGCAGGCAGUAUCAACAAGUCCUUAUCCAUCCUAGGCAACGUCAUCAUGGCUUUAGUAGACAUUGCCCAUGGCAAGCAGAGACAUGUCCCAUACAGAGACUCCAAGCUUAGCUUCCUCCUUAGGGACUCGUUAGGAGGCAACGCUAAGACUUACAUCAUUGCUAAUGUACAUCCUGAUGCUAAGUGCUUUGGAGAAACGCUGUCAACCCUGAAAUUUGCAAGACGAGCGAAGAUGAUUAAAAAUAGGGCUGUAGUGAACGAAGACACGCAGGGAAACACAUUGCACCUUCAAGCGGAGAUCAGGCGGCUGAGGGAAGCUCUGGCUAUGAAAGAAGCUGAUGGAUCCAUUCCAAGAGGACCAAGUGAAUCUGGAGAUAGCCAACUUUCUAAUAGCAGCAUUGGGAGUAAUGGUACAGCAUCAGGACAACAAAAUGGCAGCAGCAGCAGAUGGAAGAAGUAUUUCCUAGAGGCUAUGAGUCUGAGGGAUGCUGUGGAAGUAGAGAAAAAGGAAUUACGGGAGAAGGUUAGCAGCCUUGAGGAGUUGUGUAGCAAACGUGAUCAGGUCAUCAGCUCUAACAAGAUGAUCAUCAAGUUCCGUAACAGCACCAUAGACAUGCUUCAGAAGACAAAGAAUAAAGCCAUGUCAAAAGGAGAAAGAGACAUGAUGAAUGAGAACUUGAAGAAAGAGAUAGCACAGCUUCAGGAGCAGCUAGAGCACAACCCAUUUGUCAUGCGUUAUGUUGUAGAGAACCAAUCACUGAGGGCACAGAACAAGAAGCUGAGAGCCAUGGACGCUGUAAAGAGCGGAGAAACCAUGACAGCAACCAAGGCAGAGGAGCUGGAGAAACUCUUUCUUGAACUCAGAGAAGGUUUGUCCCAGAAUCGUCGCUUCAGUGUAACUCUUAACAGUACUCCAGUAGAUGGUGAGAAUGUUCCUACAUCAACGAUGGUCAUCCUGAAAUCUCAGAUCAAGAAACUCCAAGAUGAGCUGGAAAAUGCCAAGCAAGAACACGCAGAGCAAGAGGAGAUGACAAGGAAGACCCGUCUGGAGUUAGAAUCAGAGCUAGCUGCAUACAAGAAAGCAAACCAUGAGCUUGAGAAGACACUUCAAGGGAUGAAGAUCAAGAAUAAGAUGGACCGUGAUGCCAUGAAUGAUAUUCAUAUGCAGACCAUCAAGAAAAUGACCACUCCAAAGAAAGUAUCCUACCAGUUGCGCUCCCGCACCAUCCUACGAGUUGCUGGCGAGACCCCCAGUGGCCCUGGCUUCGCAUCAUCCGACAGUGCCAGUCCAAUGAGGAGCCACAGUGCAAACAGCCUUUCAAGCGGUGAUAUGGCGCCCUCUCCUGCCCUGGAAGAGGAAGGAAUCAUUGACGAGGAGAUGCCUGAACAUGUUGUGGAGCAGUGCAACGAGGCUCUUACUAUUGAACUCCAAAAGUUGCAGGACAAAUAUGCAAAUCUUCAACAACAGCUUGAGGAGCAUGAAUCACAGAAACACAAGAUGUUACAGAAUACCAGUAAAUUAGAACAUCAGCUGCAGCAGAUAACAGAGCUCCAUUCAGUUGAAUCCCAAGUAUGGCAAGAGCAGGAGAAAGACCUGACCACCAGGCUUUCUGAGUCCACCAGCCAGCUCAAGUCCCUGCAGAGAGAGUAUGAGAUCACCAAGGGAGAGGCAGAAGACUUCAAGGUGUUGCUUCAAGCAGCAGAUAAGGAGCUUGGAUAUGAGAAGAAACACAAGAAUGAGGUCACCCAGGAUUGGGAUAGGGCCAGGGCAGCACUCGAUGCUCAGGUGGUGCGCCUUGAAAAUGAAUUAUGUGGCAGAUCAAGAGAGCUGGAGAACCUCGUAGAAGACAGAGAACAACUCCAGGAUGCAUACAAUACUUUGCAAGAGGAGCAUGAAUUCCAACAACAGAGGGAGGCAGACUUAGAGAAUAGACUGAAAGCAAAGAAAGCAGAGGUCCUGCAGCUACAAGAAGAGAUACAGAAACACUUGGAGAAACUGGCGAGUGAGUGUGAUAAGAAUAUGCGGUUGACAGCAGAACUUCGGCAGGGAGACAACACCAAGCAGGACCUCCUGGCAGCUCAGGAACUUAUUGAUCAGUUCAGAGAGGAACGGGAUCAUCUCCUCCAAAGACUCGAUUCAGAGGCCCUGAAGCUAUCCUCUUCCAAAGAAGAAUUAGAGACGGUAAACUCUGCCAUGACAGCUCUGAGGAGGACUGAUGCUGAACAGAAGGAAGCAUUGUCCAGCCUGAUGACAGCAUUGCAGGAUGGGAAGAGUGAAUUGAAAGAGAAGGAAGAGCAACUGGCUAGUAUAUCCAUGCAGCUUGAAGACACUAGAGGACAGUUGACACUCCUAGAAGCUGCCCUUGUUGAAGGAAAGACCAAUACUGAGAGUCUCCAGACUCAGAUGGCAGCACUGGAGGACAGGAUGCAUGCUCAGGCUGGAGAUUACCAAGAACAGAUUGAACAAAUGAGGGCUGAUUCUAUGGAUGCUCAUCACCAUCAGAAGGAGUUACUCAAGGAACUUGAGAAGCAGUCAGAGGAGCUCAAUCAACUUCAUAAACAGAUCAAGGAAAAGGAAGAAGAGUUUGAUGGUAAGGAAUGUGAACUCAGGACCACCAUCAGAACUCUGGAGGAACAGCUGGAAGAAGUCAAGACAAACCUCUCCACCGUCGUCGUUGAGCUCGAUGAACCUGAAGCUAAGAAAAGGAAGAUGGCUGACAGCCAAGCUGUGGAGAUUGAAUCGCUGCGGGAAUCAGAGAAGCGAUUCAGAGAACUAUCCCAUGAGUACGACAACAUGAGAGAUCAGAUGAAUGAAGAGAUCAGUACACUCAAGAUGAAAGCGGAUGAACUGGAAGAUGUCCGCAUAUCCAAGGAGAUACUUCAAGCCCAGCAUAUGGCACUUACGUAUGAGAUGGAACAAGUUCAGAACGAGAAGACGGAAACGGUAUCCUCAUUGCAGGAUGAAGUGUAUAGUCUAAAGAGAGACAUGGAACGUCAGAGGACAUUGGCAUCUGGUAUGAAGAGAGACAAGGAUGAGGCUGAACAGAGGCUCUACUCAGUCCAAACAGAAUUGGAUCAGGCCAAAGCUAGAGAAGAAAUAUUACAAGAGAGCAUGGAUCAGGUCAUGGAAGAUUUAGAUAGAACAUCUGCCCUUGAGAGUGCACACUUCAAAGAGAAAGAGGACAUCAAAUCAAAACUAGAGGAAGAAAGAGAGGAAAAAUCUAAACUUGUGAAGGAGGUGAGCAGAUUGAAGGAGGUGUAUGAAGAAGCAGAUAAAAAGAUUACAGAAUUGGGUGGUCAUCAAAACCCCAAGCAGAAGAUACAUCAUUUCCAGGCUGUAAAGACAGAAAAUCAUCUUCUGAAGGAGCAACUUGGCAAGGCACAGUCAGACAAUGAGCAGAUGAAACGAAACUAUGAAGUGCUUCAGAAGAGGGUUAACCAGCUCAUCAGCGGGGCAUCUGGAAACAAGAGCCACUUGCAUGCGUUGCCUUCUGCCCUGAAAGAGAACGCAGACCCAGACCUUAGCUCAGACACGAUGUGAGGAUCAUCCCCCAUGCUUUCAUAUCUAUACAUGUCCACAGAAACAGCCUACAGCAUUGGAACGAAAGCACUCUUUGGAAACCUGAUGCCUUGACAUGCCUCAUUCAGGUGUCCGUCUUUACCUGUAACUUAUACUGCUCCAACAUUGAACACACUCACAGACCUUAGCAAGAUAAUCCAUAUGUCGCUCCCUUGGCUAUCACAAUCAUCAUUUUCCAGGUGAAAGAUCAAGCUGUUUUGAUGAAAGAUAUGAUGAUCUCUCAAAGUGAUGUGUAUGUCUACAAGCUCUAGAUGUGAACAAAGGGCCUUAUAGCAUUCCAACUAAGUCAUAGCCAGUCUUGUAAGGGAUGCCACAUAUGAUCCAGCUACGGUUGUUCAAGUUGUAUAUCUACAAGGACGUAUGAAGAAUAAGCCCUUUAGCAUUCCAACUGAGCUGAAGCCAGUCUUGGUAGGGAUGAAACAGGUUAUCCAGCAACAGUUGUUCCAAUCUGAUGAGGAUGGGGUUACAAGUUUUUUUAGGGUUAUAUGAUUGAAUUAGGUAAGAAUUGUAAGUGCAAUGUGACAACUAUUCUGGGAUCAUUUAAUUAGAUCAUCGACUACUGAGUUCUGUAAUUCCCAUUGACUUUAUACAGGGAUUAACCUGUUCGAGGAGACAAUGGGUUAACUGUCUGACUCAUUUUUCAUAUUUCAAACAGAUCAGGGAAGACAAAGGGACUAUUUUUGUAUUAUUUAAGAUGUAUGGUGUAUGGGAAAGAUUUACACUGCCUUGAUAUUCAUAUGUUAGUACGAAUAUGGCAAUUUCAUAAAAUUGCUGUACUGUCUUAAAGGACUUCUGCUUUGCUCCUAAUGGAACUUUAGUUAGAAUAAAAGUUUUACCCAUUUUCUGAUAUAGUAUUUCCAUUGAACUUUAUCGAAAAACACAGUUUGGAAGGGUGAAUAUGUCUAUUAAAAUACUAAGACUGUGUGUGUCUACAUGGCUAAUCACAUUUGAAGUGCAUUUCCUGACAAAAUCUGAUUAGCUGGGUUUUCUAUCAACGUUUAGGAUAUAAAGGGCUAUAUAACAUGUGAUAAAAAGGACUGUGAAGGCAAAGAAUUAAAAUAAGAGAGAAAGUUGUGCAAUUGUGUUUUGAUGCCACUAUUCCAUAGAAUGCCAAAUGAAAAGUUCCAGCAAUGCUUCCAAUUAAAGUCCACCAUAACAUAUUUAUUUGAAUAAAUAGGGGAAAAUGAAUUGGGCAUAACAAAAUCAAUAUCUGACUUAUAUGUGAAUAAGACAGCUAUGAAUUUGUUAUUUCCUAUGCAAAUUAAUAGCGGAAACUGAUAGCGUAACACGAUUACAUGCACUAUUUCUUCUGUUGAUUUGUUUUUAUAUGAAAUUUCAAAGAUUGCAGUUUUAAUGAAUUUGAUUUUUUUUUAAAGAAGUGCUUCAUUUGAUUGCAAUGUAUUACAAUAAUGAUGACUUUAUAUCAUCUUUGAGGAAUAUAGCCAUGUUUUACAUCUUUGGAAAAAAAAUAUAUUUCAUCUAAUAAGAUAUCAUGCAGUAGUGAUUGUGCAACAGCAUCCACACAUUACGUUAACUCUUAUUUGCAUAAGACUCAUGAAAGCACAUUUGUGAAGUUAUACAAGCUAAAAUUUUAAGUGUUGAUUUAAGUCUGAUUUUGAAUAAAUAUCAGUGUUAUGCUUCAUUGAUUGUCCCUAUUCAUUAAAAAGGGCAAUCUAAUAUAUUUAAUAGUUUAACAAACAUAUUUGUUUAGAUAUCAAUUUUAAAUCAUUGCGUGCAACAAAUUUUUAUUGGUCAGAUGUUGCAGUAAUUUGUGUAAAAGAAAAACAAUAAGGAAAUUGUCCGAAUUGUGUAAUCUUGAAGUGUGAUUUGUACUAUAGGUCUGAUAUUAUGUGGAAGACUUUGUGGCCAUCUGCCUCAAAAAUCCCUAAAUAAGCUGCCUUCAACCUUCAACAGACUAUGUUGUCUUUAAUUGACAGAAAUACAUAUAUUAAUUUAGUCUUAAUCAAAAUUUAGAAUCAUUUGCUUAUCUGAAAGAGUAACUGUUCUACUUUCUCCAUGAAUGCUAGAAGGGGGGUUGUGUGUUAUGGUCCAAUCCCCCCUAUAAAUUUUAAAUCAUGACAUGACAUUGAAAAUUCUGUUCAAAAUUAAUAAGAUUCUGAAAUUUUGGCCAACUUAUUUUUAGGUGAACGGUCACAUUUGUGGUUAGAUUAUUUACUUAGUAGUUGUGGAUAUGGCAAUCAUAUGUUUUUAACACAAAAUUUUUAAAGAUGCAUGUAUUGGUGGUUCUUUCAGAAGGGGAAAUUUGAAAUUUAAGAAAGAUGAUUCUCUACGUAUUGAUUAUAGCUUCAGUCCAUAAUAGUGUAUGCUGAAUCAUGAUCACUGAUGCAAUAUUCAUAUUCAUAAACUUUGACUACCAGCUGUUAUAGAAUAAGAGUUACCUAGCUGAAGUCUGUGAUAAAUAACUAGAACCAGUAAAAUAGUUUUUAAACAAAUAGUGAUAUCUGAAACAUGUCUGCUGCACUUGAAUAGUUACUUGAAUGGUCUGAAGCUCCAGUGUAAAUGGCUAGCACAGUUACUGUAUUAACAAAUAAGCAAGGGUUUGAAUGAGUGUAGUAUAUGUAAAUGAUUAUAUAUAUGUGUGAUUUUUUUAAUUAAAUCUAGAUGUACAUAUGUAAAUUUACUGUAUCUUUAUGGUAAAGUAAGGGAAUUACAUUCUUCUCCAACACUACAAAUUUUUAGAAAAUCAGGUCAGUUGUCAGCUGGUCGGUCCGCAUUUGUGAUUUGGUAUUUUCCUCUUUGUUCGAGAAUAAUAAAAGCUCUUGUAUAUGUAAAUCUAUGAGUUGGUAGAUAUUUUCACCAAAUCAUUUUCUUUGCUUCUAAAAUGAACUCAAGUUAAAAAAAACCCAACUAAAUUUAGAUAUUAUGAUUAUGAAAAUGGAUUUGAUGAGAGAUAAACAAUGUACUAAGAAUAAACGUGAUCGGCUGGAUAAUUAUUUAUAUAUUCUUCAAUACAUAAUGUCCCUUUGCACUUCCACAGGACAUUAAACUUUAGAAAUUACUUUUUUAAGCCCUAUUAUGUCUCAUUCACAAGAUCCCUAAAAUAUUCAAUCUUCAAAAGGAAUGCUGUUGUGCAUGCCUUGCAAUUCCCUCUCUCUGUGAGAGAAAUUAGCAUAUGCAUUAUACAAUUACACAUCAGAAAGAUAUUCAUGAAUAAAUUUUGAAUGUAAUAUAUUAAA